GAGGAAGCAGUCCUAAAGCCUCCUUUCCUUUUUUAAGGCAGGGCUAGCUGCUGCCUUGUACUCUUCAGAACCCAGUCUCUUUUUCUAGAAACACGGGCAGCAAUUUCUGGGAGAAGGGGUGUCUGUGUCUCUGGGAAACAGCUCUGAGAAACUGGCUGAGGUUGGACCUUUAGAUGAGAUCUUAGCCUCUUUUUUCCUUCCUCCCCCCUAACUCCCUUGAGCUCAGUUCUCGCCAGCAGCAACCUCCAGGUACACAGUUCAGACAGGAGGAGGGGACGCUACCGGCUGCAAUGGCGUCCAACAUGGAUAGAGAAAUGAUACUGGCUGACUUUCAGGCAUGUACUGGUAUAGAAAAUAUUGAUGAAGCAAUCACCUUACUUGAACAAAAUAACUGGGAUUUAGUGGCAGCUAUAAAUGGCGUCAUACCACAGGAAAAUGGUAUUUUACAAAGUGAAUACAGUGGAGAGACUUUACAAGGGCCAGCUUAUGGUCCCACUAGUCAUGCUUCCUCAUCAUCUUCAACGCCUUCUUCAUCGUCUGCAUUUCGCCAUGUAGUGCCAUCCAGACAAAUAGUGGAGAGACAGCCACGAAUGCUCGAUUUCAGGGUAGAGUACAGAGACCGAAAUGUGGAUGUGGUACUUGAAGACAGUUCUACAGUUGGAGAAAUCAAACACAUUUUAGAAAAUGAGCUUCAAAUUCCUGCAUCAAAAAUGCUGCUCAAGGGCUGGAAAACUGGAGAUGUAGAUGACAGUACUGUUCUAAAAACUCUACACUUGCCAAAGAACAACAGCCUAUAUGUUCUAACACCUGAUUUGCCACCACCAUCUUCAUCAACAUUGUCUGGUGCCCUGCAGGAAUCAUUAAAUCAAAACUUCAUGCUGAUCGUCACCCAUCGAGAAGUCCAGCGGGAGUACAACCUCAACUUCUCAGGAAGCAGUACCAUUCAGGAGGUUAAGCGGAAUGUGUAUGACCUGACUAGUAUUCCUGUUCGCCAUCAGUUAUGGGAAGGCUGGCCUGCUUCUGUAACAGAUGACUCAGUAAGUCACCGCACUAAACACUAUUCUCAUUUUUUCCAACAUGCUUUGAUGUCAGUCUCCAUUUGA